AUGCCCAAGUUUACGCGGAAGAACUAUCUAACCCAAAGCAUAGAUCUCCACGAACAAACCUCAGAACACCAUUGCGACUGGUCUAGACCGAUUAAAAAUACCAUGCUGCCGCCAGUGCCCAGCGACAUUCUCACCUUGAAUCCCAAGUUCAGCGUCUUAUACCAAGAUCUAAGCCACAAUAGGUUACAGCAGGAUGGCACCUCGAAGCCAGACAACAAAGAUCUUCACAAGGCACGUACUGAAGCAUACAAGCGAGAGACCGUUCGCCGAAACCUCCAGGAUAUUGUGUACCGAGGCGAGGCGUUGCCGGAUGAACUGCGUGACCUGGGACUACUGAUUGCCGCUACGCUUGGUGGUGAAGUGGCGCCUGACGACCUGUCUAUUGUCGAGGGAGAAUUGGCACGUUUACCAUGCUACUCCACUGAUAUUGCUGCGCUGUUGAGCAAACAGUUCGCUGAAAGUGCUUCUAGGCUUUCAGCUGUGGCCAUCGUUGGAGGCGGGUCGCACGAGGUCUGGCCACACUCUGUGGCCAAACUAGGCUCCGAUGUAGUAUCUCAGCAUCAGUACUUACGACGGUCUCGCUCAGUACUCGUCGACGCAGCUCAAGAACUACAAGAUAUCCAUCGACAAGUGCUAGAAGUAAGUGUGAGGGUUCUGGAGCAAGUCAUCCAUGGCGCAGUGGCGAGACACGGCAAGGCCACGGCUGAUCAUCUUGCCAUACUCGCGAAUGGCAUCAGCAAGAAAGUGGAUAUGCACCAUGCUCAACUUACGCAGCACAUCUAUACCGCAGAGAUCCAGUCCGCCAUUCGCUCUGCGCUCAGCACGAUGAAAGACAGUCAUACAGAUGUACGGUUUCACCUGCGAGAAGCUGAGGAGAGAUUGGCACAGUACAAUUCGGCCCGUGGGAUGAAGAACAUGGUUAAAGAAUAUGCUGAGCUCCUGGCCGAGACGCGGAAGGUGGAAGCUGAGAUCGCGCGACUGAAGGGUGGGAUGUAG